AACACAACUCCGACACAGAUGAUUGUGGUUUGGGCUCAUCAGGUUCUCGCUAAAUCCUGGAAAGUUAUACCGCAUGAAAUCAGCGCUUUGUGACUUGUGUUUCGUUUGUUAUCCGAUUGCAACAGAAAAAAGCAGGAUCUAGUUUCAUUAUGUACAUGUGUGAAUAAUUCAAUUGGAUCGUCUCGAGAUUUAUAAGGUGAAAUCUCCAAGGAGGGGAGAACAGUCCAUUCAGGGAUUUCAGCCACGCGCCUGUGACCCUUGGUGAUGCGGAGCGGUACUCGUUGGCAAGCGGGUACUGGCCGCGAUCGGAACAUGCAGAGUCUUGUCUACUGAUCAUGUUACUUCGAGUUCGGCAAUCAUCAAAACAAAAGAUCAGGUUUGAUUGCAGUGCAGUGUCAGCCUGGCCUGGUCUGGUCACCAAACUUUGAAUUUUCCCGUUUUUGGAACCUACUCGUGCUCUGUCCAGGUGUGUCGAUUGAACUCUUCAGGACUUUACGGGUCAUCUGAGUUUGCUUAAUUCAAAUUGAAUUGCACAACAAAGAAACCUGUUUGAUUUGAGAGUCGAGUGACGCGAUUGAGGGGUUAUCAACCUGCCAAGACCAAGGAGUGCUUUGUGUAUAGCUGCAGCCAGAGAGAGAAAAAAAAGUAGCACUACACAAGGCCACUGCAGAUAGCCAAGGGAAAAGAAUGAGGAAGUGCGCUUCAGGAAAUCGGGCAGUGUGCCAAGACUGCCCACCGACCAAUCAGGCGCGAGGAAGCCUAUUGCACCUGGGGCUUUUGACCAAUCAGAGGAGAGGGAUGUCAUUCAGUGAGGCCAGGCAUGCUGACCAGCUGGUGGUUAGGGGCGGAGCUUCUCUCCCCAGUGAUAGUGACCAUUUGAAGAGGAAAGCUACUACAACAACUCAAUACCACAACCCUGGAUCAUGGGCUUACCUGGGAAUGAUGACCUUUGUCCUCUUGACCUUCAUGUCAUGUCAACCAGUAAUGGGGAUUGAAGUUGAUAUUUUUCCUGAAAGUGGUAUUAUUGAAGUUGGGGAGGACCUGAACAUCACAUGCAUCUUGAGAAAUGAUAGUGUAGCUGAGAGAGAUAUGUCGACAUCGUCAUUGACAUCGACAUCGACAUUGACAUUGACAUCAAAUGACAUCGUGUGGUACAAAGACCAAGACAUUAUUCCGUUUGAGGAUUAUUAUAUGGUGAAUGACAUGUCCAUGAUUUCCAUUGUGAAUGCCAGCUUGACAGAUGCAGCUACCUAUCAUUGUGCCCUGUUUCAAGACUCUAAUGUCGGUGAAUUUCAGAGUUCCAUGAUCCAGGUUGGAUAUAUACCGCAGCCUGCAACAUCGCUGACGUGCUCCAGUCAUAAUGUCCUAGACUAUGAAUGCGAGUGGGACCCGAUACCUACUCACAUCAUCAACGAGUCCCAUACAUUUCAAUUCAUUUUUAAUAGGAACUGGAAUGACUGCCCAGAACUGCGGCCCCCAAACAAGUGUUUCAUAUCAUUCUCACAUCACAGUGGAUCCAUGCAGGAAGUGCGCGUCGUUUCAUCUAAUGACUUAGGAGACGAUGCCGUCCAGACUGCAUCCUUUAACCCUGAUGCGGAAACUAUUCCUCUACCUCCAGGAAACCUAACCCUGACGUCCAGGAGCUCGACUGCUCUCCAAGCCUCUUGGGCAUUAUCCGCUGAUUGGGAUGAACGAUUUUCUUCCAUGCUGGCGUAUCGUCUUCAAUGGGCGUUGGAGUCCAACCCUAAGAAUUGGCUGGGGGAGCUGCUUUGCAGUUCCAAGCCCUGUGAAAUUCGUCAGCUAGAACCUUACACUAAAUAUUUGGUGGAAGUGGCCGCCCAGUAUAAGUACCACAAGACCAAGGCUUGGGGAGAAUGGUCCGACCCUGCAGAAGGCAGAACUGACGAAGCUGUCCCUGUCGGAACUGUUCAGAACCUACAAACCUCUUACCUAAACGGAAUGAGUGACUAUGAAAGGAACGUCCAGAUAUCAUGGGAGACGGUGGCAGAGGGUGAACAGAGAGGUCCUAUACUUGGCUAUUUUGUCACAGUCAUCCCUCAUUUGCAAUGUGUAGAUCAGCAAACCUUGGAAGACGCAGUCAACAACACACAAAUCAUCAUGGAAGGACUGGACAAGUUCUGUUCCUAUACAGUGCAGAUUAAAGCAUUCAACAGCAUAGGGUCUGGGCCUGUCGAAGAUGAAGAAAUAGAGGAUAUGACAACUAAUCCAUUUCCACCCAGUGUUGUUGAGGCAGAGACACUAUCACACCAGUCUAUUUUGGUGACCUGGGAUAAACCAACACCUGUCCAGGGUUACAUUAGUCAUUACACUGUCCACUGGAUACAGGCUAGAGGUCAAGAUCAAGGGCAAUCCAAAGAAGUUCCUUCAUCCAACCUGUCCUACGUAGUCGAUGGUCUGGAAGGCUAUGUCUCCUACAGCUUCAAGGUCUCGGUCACCAAUAAGAUAGGGGUCAGUGGUUGGUCUACGGAGGUACAGAUUACAACAGAUGAGUGGACCCCAGAGGCAUCACCGACCAACGUAACUGUUGAGCCAAUCAUGAACAACCCGAACGGCCUCUUGGUGAACUGGAUAGAUGUAUCUGAAGAGGAGGCGCAUGGGCAAGUAAAGGGUCACCACCUAUACUAUUGCCGUGUAGCGGAAGAGAGUAUUUCAGAUCCGUUGUGUCAGCUGACCAUCUCAGACUGUCUUGAUAAGCGAGAAAGGCAGACUUUCUCAGAAACCACCCAGAAGCCAGUGACGCUGACUGGUGUCGAUCCUUUCUCACACUAUGUCAUCUGGAUUUCUGCAUUCACCAGUGUUGGAGAAGGGCCAACAAGCAGAUGUCCAUCUUCAGGACUUACAAGUGAAGGAACACCAAGCCAACCUCUGAAUGCAAGUGUCUUGGAGUCGACUGCAACAUCAAUAGCACUAACAUGGUCACCCCCUCUGGAGAAAAAUGGAAUUAUCCGCAAUUACACAAUCCUAGUGAAGAGCAAUUCUUCCACAGAUCAGCAGGAAUUCUAUGCUGGGGGAGUCCAGAGUUAUCUGGUGGAGGGACUGUAUGGCUAUGUCCACUAUUCCCUUCAAGUGAGAGCCUGUUCCAUCAUGUGUGGAGCUGCCUCUGAUGAAGUAUACCGGAAAACAGAAAUAGGUGUUCCUCAACAGCCUGAAAACUUGAACGUCCAACCAUUAUCUCACAACAAAGUCAAAGUGAGCUGGGAGUCACCUGUCCACCCCAAUGGCCCGACUGUCUACUAUCUGGUUUCCUACAGCCACAUAGAACCAACUCCAAGGCCUGUCAUCUAUGUCAGGUCAUCAUUGACCACCACCCUUGCCAAUAGCAUGGAUGACUGGAUCCCGACAACAGAGUUGACAAUGGAAAUGGAGGUUGACUGUAGCCAGGCUCCAUUCUUGUUUCAAGUGGUUGCAGUGAAUAUCAUUGAUGGUUCAUUAACAUCAGGAGACGCUGCAGAGUUUGUGCUGUCUGAAUGCAUUGAAAUUGAAACAACCCUGUCACCACUGAUCUGGCUGAUACUGCCUGGGGGUGCCAUUCUCCUCUUUGCCCUGUUGGUCAGUCUUUACUAUGUCCAGAGCAAGCUUGGCAAGUCUUGGCCAGACCCCGUUUACACAGACAUGGUGAAAAAUAAAAAGGACAUGCAGCCAUUAUCAAGACCAAAGAGAGGUGAAAGGGAAGAGUUUGACACGAUCCAGAAUGUCUGUCCGCCAGACUUAGAAGAAGUUGUUGUCGCAGAGGAGUAUCCAUCCCAACCUUAUCAAUGUAUCAUGCAAACGUCCAUGACAGAUCCAUUAACAGACUUGCUGAACUUGAAAAGUGACAUUGGUAAACAAGCAUAUUUAAGGACUGUCAGCAUUGAUAGUGGUGUCCCACCCUCGCCACAGGAUCACCUGGACUUCUCUAGCUCCGAUGAUGUCUUCCAUGCAGCGGACUAUGAUACGUCUGACUUCAUGCAGGACACGUACUCCUUCGAAAACCCCAAGGUGAUAGUGUGCCAAGCGGGCUUGGGAGGUAAAGGAGGGCAUCUCCCCAAGAGGUCUGUGUCUCUGAGCAGCAGUGAUGGGUGUGGAGGUCUUCCAGCAAUUGAAGAAGACAAAUUCAUGGAUCCGAUCUUGGAGAAGGUUCCAGGGGAUAAAAAUGCCAUUGCAGUUGGUGCCUCUACUUCUGCCCAAGGAGAAUGGUUGGAAGAUGAUGAUGAUGAGGAGGAGGAGGACAUUGCCUACAUGCGCAUCUCACAGUUAUCCUCCCCUCUGAAGAAGCCUCAAGUUCUAGUCAAAGACCAGUGUGCACCAGUCAACCAAAACAAGCUUGAUGACCUCGCCGAGGUUCACACUGCUCAAAGGAUUGAACAAACAAUGUCAGGUUGUGAUAGCGGUUGCCGUAGCAUGGCUUCAGACUCGGGAUAUGUUAGUAACAACAUGGCAUACAUGAAAUUUGGAUUAAAUGAAGUUGACCAAGAGACAGAAUUCAAGGCCAAACCUGAUGAUGACUAUGUUUCUGGUCCAAUGACCUACUCGGUUCUGGCAAUUCCUCAGUUGGGACAGCAGCCUAGAUCUUUAGAACAGUCCCUAACAAGCAACUAUGUGACCGAGGAGAGUCUAGCAUAUACAAAAUUGGGUAUGGCUUCAACCAUUGCUGGAAAUGAGAAUGUUCCGAUUACAGUUGCAGUAGUUGAGCAACCCACUUCUAAGCCAUGUAUUGAGACAGAAGGCAUUGGCUAUGUCAAGCUUGGUGACAAACAUGAAGAUGAUGGAAGAACAGAUGGAGAGGUGGAGUUGUCCUGGAGCGACAUGACCCUAGAACCCCCAUCUUCUUGUUUGUCUGAUUAUGUAAGAGGAGUGGACUUGCAUAAGGUGUUAGAAAAUAAAAGCGAACUAUCCGAGUCUUCAGGUUCUCCUGGCUCACCAAUCUGCAUCCCUGGAGACAUGGUAAAAGUUUUGCCAGAAAUCACUUUGGAUGAGACAAAAGCCAAAGAAAAACAACAGGCAGUGAGAUCCAGGACCGAUUCAUCUUCAUCCUCAUCCGGUUAUGGGAGUGACCAUCGAGGGCAGGUUUCUGGUUAUGUUGUGGUCUCGACUCAGCCUCAGGAGCACUCCGACAAUUACGCCAAUCUAGCUUUCACUUCGUCAGAGUCAGAAACAGAUUCUGAUGAUGUCGAUGUCAAAUCUAAAAAAUCGGUUCAUCUGAAAGAUGCGCUUAAAGUUGGUAAAUGUUCUGAAUCUCCAGGUAAUAAUGCAGGAAGUGGAGAAUGUGACCCCUCAUUUGUUGAGUACAUCAGUAAUGACAGCUUUGGGAUUGGGUUUGUGAAUGAUUACCCUUCUCCUUCAAAGGGCAAUGAAAAUCUUGGCUUUUCAGACACUACAAAUCCAAGUGUGCACUCAAAGGAGCAGAGUAAUUGUCAUCAAGGACGUAAGCGAGGCAGCUGCAAAAGCGUUCCUGGAUAUAUUACCUAUAAUGCAGUCCUUGGAGCCGAGGCCACAGGCAUCGCAACUGGUGUUGAAAGGUUACUCUCCCCAGCAACACCCGAUGAUGCCUCAAAGCGUGAUAUCUAUCAAGUCCCAAGCAGGGGAUGUCGAGAACUUAAGCACAGAACUGGGCGCGAAUCGGAUGAAGGAGAUGACGGGUACGUGCCUUUCGGUGGAGAUUCGGGAUAUGUUCUACGAGUUUUGGAUGGAAGUCAGAAGACAGAGGAAUACAUGCCUAUGUCUCCCAUUAAAAAAUCUUCAUGUAGGAUAGAAGAAGAUUGUUUAUAACUAUGACCUAUUGGAUCUGAGCAUCACUAAGAAACAUUCAGUACUUUACAUGCCAUAUUUUCCCAGUACAGGUACAUCUAUAUGCCUCCGUUGUAAAUAUUGUUAAUACUUUAAUGCAUUAGUUAUGGGUUUAAAAUGAAGGAAAAAUGUACUAUGUAUUACUAACAUUUCUGCUGAUACUAAAGAAUACUAUUUUUACAUUUGAUCUGUAUAUAUAUAUUUGUACAAUUUCAAGCAUGCGCAUGUACACAUUAAGGAAAAUGUAUAUUUUUUGACCUCUUACAGAAACCUUGAAGUAUUUUCAUCAUUAAGAUUAGCAGAUAAUCUUGUUAAACUUCACUAAUCCUAGAAAUUUUAACAAACUUUAUAGUUAUGAAUGGGGAUGUAUAAUGAAUAUGCAUGGAGCUUUUCACAGGUAGCUCUAACACAUCCAAAAGAAAAGAAGUUGAGUAUCAUCUGUUUGGAACCAAGAGGGUGAUACUGAUAGCUCUGUGUAAAAUGAUUUGAGUUAACAACCUUCUCACUCAAGAAGAAUUAAACAUUUUCUAGAAAUAAUUCUUCUUGAAACAGCACUAUUUCUGUUACAGUUGUGUACAUUACUUUUGUUAAGUUCAUUCCUAUUAAAGAUAUUCCAUUUCCAAUUCAGUAAUGAAUCAAAUAGCAAUAUUUCUGUUACAGUUGUUUACAUUACUUUUGUUAAGUUCAUUCCUAUUAGAGAUAUUCCAUGUCCAAUUCAGUAAUGUUAUCAUUCUAUUAUUGUUAUACAAGUCUUUGAUUUUGUUAUAUUGUAUUUGUUUUGUAUGAUGUUUUUCGGAAAUAAAACAAACAAGUAAUGAAUCAAAUAGAGAAUGAUAUAAUAUUGAAUGACCUUGAGUGGGAUACAAGGUUACCGCACCCCAAACCAUAAGACAUGGAGAAAUAGUGCACGGUCAUCGUGGUACUUUUUCGUCAACCUUGAGAUAUGGUUUUAACAUUGCAUGGCUAUCCUGUACUUUUACUGAAAGCAUAAGAUUUUCUGAUUGGCACAAAACAUGUUUAUACAAAUAAUAAUGACAAAUAUAUAACUUUGAACCCUGGGAGUUUAAUUGUGAUCAUUGUAAACGAAUUCCCCCGGUUAGGAUCAGAAUCCCAGUACUAAAAAAAAAAACAGUACUACAUGUACAACUAACUUUAUUGGAGAUUUGACAAGGGCCCCUGUUUCACAAACUUGUUAUCAGUAACAAGGUACAAUAAUUGUUAUAAGCUACUCAGAUCCUGACAUGUAAUUGGCCAUGAGCACAAGAUCUGUAGCAGUUGUUAUUGAUAACAAGUUUAAUGAAACAGGGCCCUGGGUCACUCUCUCAAUUGUAUAUAGACCUAUUUUGUAGAAAUGAAUGUGACAAGGAUAUUUUUGCAAUUUUGAUUACGGUAACCAUUGUUGAUGAAUAACUGAUUUAGGAUAGCAUUGUAAUUAGGAUUUACUAUUGUUGAUGAAUCACUGAAGAUAAUUUUGCAAUCAGGAUUUUCUUUUAAAAGUUGUUGCCAUGAAUUUAAAAAUCUAAAGAGAUUUAAGUAUUAAGUUGUUUCAUAGAUUUAUGAACUUCAUUGUUAACAUGGAGCCUUAUAUAGCAAACCGAGGAAUGUUAAAACAAUCCUAUUUUUAAUGGACAAAUUCUCACGGGCUAAGGAUAGCUAGGUUAAUUCCUUUUGUUACUCUUUUUUCUUUGAUAAAUGACUAGAAAGAAAUCAUUUUUGAAUGUGGUUGUAUAAUACUGUAAAGAUUAGUUUGAUAACACUUUUGUUGUCAGUAUUAUGAAUAAGAGCUUCUUACGAAUCCUCUUAUGCUGAUGUGUCAAUCUAUUGUAUUAUAAUUGUUUUAUAAUUGUUGUUAUCAUGAACAGUAGCAGAUAUUUACCGGUAGUUUAGAUGAAAAAUUGAGAAUAUCUUGUACAUGUACAUUUUCAUGUAGUGUGACUGUUGACAGUACCAUGAGCAAAAAUGACAAUAGGCCUGGCAAAUCUUCUAGGAAUGUCACGUGUUUUAUAAGUUGAAAUCGCCUAUUUAUUUAUACAAUUUAGGCUGCUUAGAAAGCUUUUCGCAGCAGUACUACCAUUAGCAAAUGCAUAUGUCUACUUUGCACUUUCUUCAGUUUCUUGUAUCAAAGUUUCAUUUUUGCAGAAAUUCAGUCGAACAAACACAUGAACAAUGAAUGGAUCAGUACAUGUACAUCUAGGACUGUAUGUACAUUUAACAUUCAAAUUGUAUACAUGGGUUUCUGUGUUAUUAAAAUAAUUUAAAUGAUGUAUAAACUACACCGACACAUUUUCCCUGGCUGCAAACAUAUACUGUAUUAAGCUCAUCUGUAUAGUGUUGGAGGGGGGGGGGGCGUGGGAUCUGCCAGGUUUAGCACUGUAUUGUGCAAGAUGUAUUGGCAAAUUGAACUGAUGGACAAUUUCAGAAUUGUAUGAUGAAUGAAUUACAAAUGAUUUUAUUUGCAAUUCAUGUAGUCUUCAACAUGUACAAGGUAUUGCAACAUGUCAGAUACAAGAACACUACAUCAUCAUCAUUGAUUAAAGUUGGCAUUUUCCCUCUUGCAAGGGGUUUCUGAUUAUCGCGCUGUGAUGACAAUCCCUCCCUCCCUCCACUUCUUCCUUUCUCGGGCAUCCUCCCUAUUGAUACCAACUUGACUGCUUUCUUUCUUCACUGUAUCUUUCCAUAAAAUCUUCGGUCUUCCUCCCCCCUCCCCUAUGCCAUCCAUUUUCACUUCCCAUAAUGCUCUUCUCACAGGCUCAUCAUCUUCCCUUCUUAACACAUGACCCAUCCAUCUCAAUCCACUUCUCUUUCCUAAUUCCAACACAGUUUCUUCCAGACCCAACCUUUCCAUGAGCUCAUUGGUGUUCUUUCUGUCGUACAAUUUUACACCACUUUCUUCAUGCUAUGUACAUACCUGUAUAUGAAACUAAGUUGAGCCUUCUGUAUAAAGUUCUUUACCUAUAAAGGUAGAAAGAUUUCGAUCAAAUCAUAGUGAAGGAGUAUCAUAUUUCAAUAGAAGGGAGGUUUUUUUUACUCUGCUUGUGUGGUCAUUAAAGACGCUAUUUUCAAUUUCACCAUUGUUUGAUUUUAAAUAUAUUUUACCUUGUAUAGUCGGGUUUUAAGAUUUGCCUUAUAAAAUUGACAAAAAGGGGUCUGAAUAAUGAAAAUACUUAAAUGUAGAUACUAGAUAUGUACAUACAUGUAUCACAUGUGUUCCCGUCAAAGAAUACAAAACAUUAUAUGCCAAAUAUAUAUGAUAGGGACACUACAUGUAGAUAUUAAAAUUGUAUACUUUAAGUGUCUGCCUUUUAACAUAUUUUAAAGUAGAAUAUAAUGCUAUUUUGCAAUUACACAUUUUAAAAAUGUAUGUUCUUUCAUAUUUCUUUUUAUACAUUGUGUUGUACAUACACGUAGUGAUAUUUUGAAGGAAAAAAAUAUUAUAUUUCAUUGUUUUGUGUCACCUAUGCCAGGAGAUAGAUAAAAACAAGUUGCAGUAUUUUGGAGACAUUUAUAGGAGAGAAGGUGACAACCUGGAGAAGAUCAUUACCCAAGGUCGAGGGUCAACGAAACGUGGUAGGCAAAAAGUUUGAUGGGCUGCCGGAAUAAAAGAUAUUACUGGUAUGAACAUCUGCAAAUUAUCAUAUGCACACAUUACAAAAUAAUUAAUAUGAUGGCAAUAAGUAGUACCCAGUAAUAUACAUGAUACAUCAUAUAAUAAGUGUUAUAACAUGUUUAUCAAGAAAUAAAACAAAUAAAAUUGCAUUAAGUAGUGAAUGAUAGCGAUGUGAGGUUUUGGAACAAAAUUCACCUUGACUAGCUCGUCUAACUCCUUGCCAAAUGUGAGUAAUUUUGCAGGUAAUCCUUGUAUAAAAUGUCCAGAAGAUUUGUAUGAGAAUAAAGGUUACUGACACAAGAUGA